UCUUACUCUCUCCCUAAAUAGUGAGGGUUGGCUACAGCAUUCAUUCAUGCUACAAAGCAAAAGCACCUCAGAAGAAAAUGAAGCAACAGAGGAAAGCACCCGCCCUCUCUCUGCUUCUUUGGUAUUUGCUCCUUUCAGGAAUCCAUGGCCCAAUUACGGCAAAAUCUGUCACAUUUUACGUGACCAACAAGUGUCAGUUCCCGAUAUGGCCUGGGACAGCCUCAAACACGGGCCUUCCCUUGGUCGCCGGCGGUGGCUUCCUCCUCGUGCCGGGCCAGACGAAGAGGAUGCAGGCCUCGCCCUCUUGGAAAGGCCGGAUCUGGGCGCGGACUUCCUGCGACUUCACCAAGACGGUGCCACCGGCCUGCGAGACAGGCGACUGUGCCGGCAAGCUCGCCUGCAACGGCAGCAUCGGCCUCCCUCCAGCCACUCUGGUGGAGUUCUCCCUCGAGCCGGAUCGAACUCAACCGAGCUUCUACGACGUGACCCUGGUCGACGGCUACAACCUCCCCGUGGCAGUGUCCCCAUCUAAGGGUGGGAAGCCACAACUGCCAUCAAACUGCACCAUCAAUGGCUGCGCGAGGAGUUUGACCAGCGUAUCGAACUGCCCGCCGGAGUUGCAGGUGGUGAGCACAGAGAGGGGCGAAGUGGUGGCAUGCAAGAGCGCGUGCUUGGCCUUCAAUCUGGACGUCUUCUGCUGCAGGAACGAGUACGGGACUCCCGAGAAGUGCAGGCCGAGCACGUACUCUAGACUGUUCAAGGACGCGUGUCCUUCUUACUUCAGCUAUGCCUAUGAUGGGGCGCCAUCGACGCCCCUGCGGAGCUGCUCGUCCGACGAGUACGCCAUUAUCUUCUGCCCUUCAAGUUGGGCUGCCGAUGCUUAAUUGCCAGAUAUGAAGGAGCCGGCUACUAGGUGAUGAUCAUUCCUCGCCAUCACAGAAGAAGGAAAAUAAAAAAUUAUCGAAGAACUUGUAAAUGGCGCUUCCGAUGAAUAAUAGUUGGUCUUAUAGUUAUUUUGGAA